CUCCUCCCCCAACCAACCCUUUCAAUCCCCUCCCCUUCACAUGUAACCUCCCAUACACUCAGCAUUAAAUACUCCAAACCCCACCAAAACCCCUUCCCUUUUCCUUUAAACUGCAAACAGAACUAGAAACAAGAGAAUAUCAUCAUUCCUCCCCUUUGUCAAGCCCUCCCUAAUAGAUGGCUUCUGCCUCUGGAGCCCUCUCUCGCACUCUCCUCCUCCUCCUCCUCCUCCUCCUUAUGGCUUCCACAUCCCCCAGAGAAUCCUUGUCUCAUGCGGCAAGCCAGCCAAUGGUGGCGAUGAAGCCAGUGUCGGCGCUGAAAUCGGUGGUGCUCAAUGAAACUCUGCUGCUGCUGCGGCGGCGGCGGCGGCUGAAUAGCUUCCGGAUAUGUGCCCUCUGCACUUGCUGUGGAGGCCCCAAGGGCCUCUGCCUGCCUUCCCCCUGCUGCUACGCCAUCAACUGCAACAUCCCCAACAGGCCCUUUGGCUUCUGCUCCUUCACACCCAAGACUUGUAACUGCUUUGGAUGCCACCUCUAAGUCUCUCUGCCUUCCUCUCCUAAAUUAUAUCAUCUAUCUGCUCUCAGUCAUUAGUCGUUGUGCUGGGAGUGUCAAUUGUGAAGAGAGGAUAUCUGUUUUAAUCUCUGUGUUUCUUGGUAAUGUUUUAGUAUAUAUAUGGAUAUGCUGCAUUGCAUAAGGUUUUGCUGACAAGAUAUGAAGUACUUGGGCCUUCGUACUUUUA